AUGUAUGCACAGACGGCGCGAAUCCAAUUCGCUGUGAUUCUGUCUUUCGUCUUCAUCUACAUCAACACCGUCAUGUUUGUCACGCUGUAUAGCAAGCCGAUGCUGAGGGACACUCCUCGCUACAUGCUCUUUGCUAACAUGAUCUUUACUGACUCCAUUCAGCUCAUCUCCUCUUCGGUUCUAAACUUCAUCAUCUUCAUUUUCAUCAGUCCUGUCCCUAAAGUCGCCUGCUCCUUCUUAAUGUUAAUCGCGGCCUCCACCUCCAGAAACGCGCCCCUCAACCUGGCCGUGAUGUCGCUGGAACGCUACACGGCCAUCUGCUUUCCUCUGCGCCACAAGGAACUUGCCACCGUUAGGAAAACGUAUGUGGCCAUCGCUGCCAUUUGGUUCUUAGGGUUUGUGAACUCUGUGAUCGAUUCAGUUUACACCUCCGUGACUGACCCUGUUUUUUUCACUGAGCAGAUUAUAUGUGAUCGUCAGAGCAUCAUCACAACUCCAUGGCAGAGGUCGUUCGACCAGGCUAUAGAUGGCCUCUACUACAUAUCUGUGGUGCUCAUCAUCUUCUACAGUUACAUUCGCAUCAUGGUUGUGGCUCGGUCUCUCUCGAGCAGCGCUAAGUCCGCAGGCAAGGCACACAGGACGCUUCUGCUUCACAUGAUCCAGCUGAUCCCCUGCCUGAACACGCUGUUGUACGGCAACUUAAUUAGCUUCAUUACCGCAACCCUGAGCUUUGACGCUUUCUUGGAGGUGAGCUACAUUAUCUACCUGCUGUUCAUCCUGAUCCCCAGGUGUUUGAGUCCACUCAUCUACGGCCUGAGAGAUGACUCUCUCCGCUGCUUGUACAUGUACUAUUUUAGAUGUGGCUUGUCUGGAGCCAAGCCUAAAGUUAAUAUUCACUCAUAG